AUGAUGUCCAGGGAUAAAAACUUGUAUCCAGGAAAAUUUGAAGCUGGUCAGCAGAGCCACCUCCUUGCUCACCGUCUCCCUGGUCAUGCAUGCCUAAGCCAUGCAACCCAAUUUGUGUCCAUUGAAUCCUUUCUAGAUGUGUAUCCACCAUUCUACUUCAAUAUUUUGAUGUCCGGCGAUCACUACAUGACGGCUAUCACGUUUUACUUCUACAAUAUAUCCCCUUGCUAUUCAAAUUCAUUUUUUCGAGUUCCGGCAAUCACCCUCACCCUACCCAACUUCCUUGACAUCUCUGGCCAUCGCUACGUGGCAGCACGUAGUGCUGCCUGUCAGUUUCUCUACUUACGUCAUGUCACCCUACGGCUUAAACUCGAUUUUUCGAGUUCCGGCGAUCACCCCUCUGGACUUCCGGCAAUCGUCCUCACCCUACCCAACUUCCUAGACACUCGCUCUUACACUUUGCUGCAUUAUGCUGUGCAAAUUCAAUUUUUCAACAUCCGGCGAUCGCCCUCCUUCCUUGUCUUAUUUGUCUUCGACUAUGAGGCAUGUUACACUGCUAUUCUCCUUCUGCUUGCAAACAAUCUUUUGGCCCUCAAACAUAAGAUUACACGUCUUAUGUGUCGUUUAGUGCUGAAACAACUGCAUGCCAACACUGGUAUCCCCAACAAGGAGAUUUCCGUUUUCAAACGCGUUGCCAUCAGCUUUGCCACGUAG